GGGAUGCCACGGCCCGAGGCCCGGAGGGCGGCCGUGCGCGGCCCGCGGCGGGGAGACUGAAGAUGCCCCCCGGCCAUGCUAGUCUGUGAUGGGGAGUGUCACGGCGCGGUACUUCUGUUACGGGUGCCUCUUCACGUCGGCCACCUGGACGGUCGUGCUGUUCAUUUAUUUCAACUUCAGUGAAGUGACUCAACCGCGCAAGAAUGUGCCCGUCAAGGGGGCUGGGCCCCACGGACCCUUCCCCAAAAAGUUCUAUCCGCGAUUCACUCGGGGCCCGGGUCAAAUGUUGGAGUCAGAGUUCCGAGCACACGAGCUGCACGGGAAUGAAGUUGACGACCCAGAGAAGGACGGCCUGAGGCUCUCCUCCGAGCUGGGCAUGAUCUUCGACGAGCGCGACCAGGAGCUGAGAGACCUGGGCUACCAGAAACACGCCUUCAACCUGCUCAUCAGCAACCGCCUGGGCUACCGCAGGCCCGUGCCGGACACGAGGAACGCCGCGUGCAGAGACAAGUCGUACCCUGACGAGCUGCCUGUGGCCAGUGUGGUCAUCUGUUUCUACAACGAAGCGCUGUCCGCCCUGCUGCGGACGGUGCACAGUGUCCUGGACCGCACGCCGCCGCAGCUCCUGCACGAGGUCAUCCUGGUGGACGACGACAGCGACCUUGACGACCUGAAGGGGGAGCUGGACGAGUACGUCCGCAAGUACCUCCCCGGGAAGGUGCGAGUCGUCCGCAACGCGCGGCGGGAGGGGCUGAUCCGAGGGCGGAUGAUCGGAGCCGCGCAGGCCACAGGGGAGGUGCUGGUGUUCCUGGACAGCCAUUGUGAGGUGAACGCCGUGUGGCUGCAGCCUCUGCUGGCCGCCAUCCGCGAGGACCGGCACGCCGUGGUGUGCCCCGUCAUCGACAUCAUCAGCGCCGACACCCUGGCCUACAGUGCGUCCCCUGUGGUGCGCGGCGGCUUCAACUGGGGGCUGCACUUCAAGUGGGACCUGGUGCCCCCCUCGGAGCUGGGCGGCCCGGGGGGCGGCACUGCCCCCAUCAGGUCGCCCACCAUGGCCGGGGGGCUGUUCGCCAUGAACCGACGCUACUUCAACGAGCUCGGGCAGUACGACGGCGGCAUGGACAUCUGGGGAGGAGAGAACCUGGAGAUCUCGUUCCGGAUCUGGAUGUGCGGCGGGCGGCUCUUCAUCAUCCCCUGCUCCCGGGUGGGGCACAUCUUCCGGAAGAGGCGGCCCUACGGCUCCCCCGAGGGCCAGGACACCAUGGCCCACAACUCGCUGCGGCUGGCCCACGUCUGGCUGGACGAGUACAAGGAGCAGUAUUUUUCCUUGCGGCCUUAUCUGCGGACCAAAACCUACGGGAACAUCAGCGAGCGUGUAGAGCUGAGGAAGAGGUUGGGCUGCAAAUCCUUCAAGUGGUACUUGGACAACGUCUACCCGGAGAUGCAGAUCGCAGGGCCCAACGCCAAGCCACAGCAGCCCCUCUUCAUCAACAGAGGAGCCAAGCGCCCCAAAGCCCUUCAGCGCGGGCGGCUCCGUCACCUGCAGACCAGCCUGUGUCUCGUGGCCCAGGGCCACCCGAGCCAGAAGGGGGGCCUCGUGGUGCUCAAGGCCUGCGACUACGCCGACCCCAGCCAGGUCUGGGUGUACAGUGAGGAGCACGAGCUGCUGCUGAACAACCUCCUGUGCCUGGACAUGCCCGAGACCCGCUCGUCGGACCCGCCGCGGCUCAUGAAGUGCCACGGGGCUGGCGGGUCUCAGCAGUGGACUUUCGGGAAGAACCACCGGCUGUACCAGGUGUCCUUCGGACAGUGCCUGAGAGGGCUGGGCCCGCAGGGCCGCAAGGGCUCUGUCGCCAUGGCCAUCUGCGACGGCAGCUCCCCGCAGCAGUGGCACCUGGAAGGCUGAGCGUGACCGGAGGGGGACGCGCCUGGGGGGCUUGACCACGGGGACAGACGCUUGGAACCGCCUCGCUCACAGCCUGUUUGGGUCUCAGCCGUCCCGAGAAGGCGCCAGACGGGCCGUUUUAAAUGAAAUGAAUCCUUAGUACUUUUAACCUCAGAAGCAUCAUUUAUAUAUUUAAGAGUCAGUUAACUAUUAUAAAUUAUUUUGAUGAGCUACGGUACUAUCUACAUUAGAAAUAAAG